CGGCGUGGCGUGGGCCCCUGGCCCGGCUGCCAGGAUGAACAUCCGCAAUGCCCGGCCCGACGACCUGAUGAACAUGCAGCAUUGCAACCUGCUCUGCCUGCCCGAGAACUACCAGAUGAAGUACUACUUCUACCACGGCCUGUCGUGGCCCCAGCUCUCCUACAUCGCCGAGGACGAGGACGGCAGGAUCGUGGGCUAUGUGCUGGCCAAGAUGGAGGAGGACCCUGAUGAUGUCCCCCACGGGCACAUCACCUCGCUGGCAGUGAAGCGCUCACACCGGCGCCUCGGCCUGGCCCAGAAGCUCAUGGACCAGGCCUCCAGGGCCAUGAUCGAGAACUUCAGCGCCAAGUACGUGUCCCUGCACGUCAGGAAGAGCAACAGGGCGGCCCUGCACCUCUAUUCCAACACCCUCAACUUCCAGGUUAGUGAGGUGGAGCCCAAGUACUAUGCCGAUGGGGAAGAUGCCUAUGCCAUGAAGCGGGAUCUCUCAGAGAUGGCUGAUGAGCUCAGGCUGAAGAAGGACAGAUAUGUGGUUCUGGGCUCCAGGGAGAACUGGGAAGCCCAGGACAGCACACUCCCUGGUGCUGAAGAGGCCUGUCAGCUGGAGAGCCCGGCUAGUGACAGCACUGGUGACUAGGACAGCUCAGAGGACUUGGAUUCCACCUCCUAGAGCCCUGCCUAAGCAUUGCUGGUCUGCAUGUCUCAGCCACACCUGUCCUGUGAACCCUGGACUAAGGUUUACUCAGCUAAUCUUCUCUGGGGAUACUUCACAGUAACUCAAAUGGCUUCUCAUGUUCAACUCUCCAUGACCUUCCACAUAAAGCUACUGUGAUCAUGAAGGAGUACCUCAGCACAAGAGCCUGCUGUUGCAGGUGCCAAGGACGCCCAAGGCCCGCCAUGAGAGAGCAUCCCUGGCCUCCUUCUCACCAUGCUGCCUUUGUACUAUUUUUAGUGCUCCUAUGUUGAGCUGUGGUUUUUCUGCACACUUGUUUCCUAGAAAUGCCAAACAGGAAACAGGGACAGCUCUUGAAGCUUCCAGUUUGCAGGCUUUGCCAUUAUUUUUCCGGGUUUCCAUCACUAAGGGGGUAGUUAGCACCUCAUUCCCUCUUCCUCUUCUAGUGGAAAUUGUCUGCUUACUCUUGCACUCUGGAACACCCUGUGUCUUGUCCUCUGCCUUCAAGAGAUGGUCUCCCCCUUUCCCAGUGGGAGAAAGUGACAAAGAAGGGCUCUGCCACACCACACAAGCACGGUAUAUGGAUUUUAAGAAAAGAACAAGCAGUAGUUUAAUUGGACAUGCAUCUGCUUGCUCACAACAGUUGCUUUCUGUCUUUGUGUUUGCUUUCUUUUGUAAUGAUGUCACUUGCCAUUAUUUGAGGACCGAAAGUGCAUGUACAAUGCUAUGGCAUUUACUAAUAUGUAAUUCCGUGGAAAGCCCUGUGAGGUGGGCAUUAUUAUCUCUGUUUUACAGAUAGAUGAACCAAAGCAGUGCAGCAAAUAACUAUUUGGGACUUCAGCCCAACCCAGUCCAUGCUGCUCCUGUUUGGACUCUGCAUUUAUUUGAGAAACAAUGUUAAAAUGUCACAAAAAUGAGACUGUGCUGUUUAAAAUUGUUCAGUGUUGACUUAAUAGAUGACAGCCACGUGCCAAUUAUAAAUAUUAUUGUAACCUUCAACUGUAGUCCCUGUUUAGUGGCUUAGUAAAUAUAAGUGAAGACAAAGGGCUUUGACUCUGCAGAAAAGUCACAGGUAGAUAAACCUAGAACUGAGUGAUGUUUUCGUGUUCUCUGAAAAUUGGUUACCAAAAUGUCCAUGUUUCUGUUUAGAUUUUGAUGAAUCUGGAGGACAUGGAUUUACAUAUAAGCCCUGACAUUAAGCUGCUGAUGACAAGCGAUAAGUGUCUUCUCUGAAAUCCACACUGGCCCUGAUCAGUACUUCUUACAGAUCUACCCCGGUGUGUGGAAAAUGCCUGUCUAAGGGUGAAGGGUUGCCAGAGGCAGAGCUGCAGUUCCGUUUUGUGUGUCCUCACAGCCCUCUGUCUUUCUGUCUUCCAUUUAAUCUUCUCCCUUACCUCUGAAAUGGUUUUAGUCUUUCCCCUCAAGCAUGUGAUUAUCUCUUUCUUUUUAAACAUUGCAGCUUCCUAACAUCUGUCUCUGGGGCAGCAUAAUCUUACUGAUGAAAUAGUACGUUUUCCUUGAGCCCUUGUCAGUGUGUCUUGGUGUUAGCAGCUCAGCAGAUGGAGAAGCAGAAGGAGCAGCCUCAGCUUACCUGAGUGAUUUCUCUCCAGCUCAGAGCCAGUCUCUAGUAACCUGAUGUUUUCAGAAGCAGUUGGGAAAUAAGAAGGCUUCCAGACAUUAGCAUUGCUGCUAACUACAACUAGUGGCACUUUUCCUUGUUAGCAGGGGACAACAGAAACCCAGUAAUGCAGCAACCUACCUAGUUUAGGUUAUGCUCUUAUUAUCUAAACACUGUAUUUUAAGAUUGUUUAGGGCACAUAUUAGCAAAUUCUGGACCAUUCCAUGAAAGCGCUGCUGACUGAACAGAGGCAGCAGUGGUUUCUCCCAGCUCUGGGAGUGGGUGCCUCUGGUGCUGCUUUGGUAACAGCAUCAUUCUUUUCGGACAGAACAAAUUAUGAUUUUUUUCUAAUAGACUACUUGCUUUUUACUUCAGCCUGAUCCCAGAGAGACCAAAGCAAGGAUAUAGAAUAAUUAGUUCGUGGCACGAGUACAGGUGUGCUGAAUGUAGAGAAUGACUCACACCCCUUCUUAAUGUGUGGAUUUACCAAAACUAUUGGCUGGACCCUGGUCAGAAAAUUCUCCAAAUCUAUUGCUCACCAGAACAGAAUGUUUUGUUUAUUUGUGGCACCAACUUGUAAAUGAAGCCCGUAAGUUACAUGUUUAAAAAUGUGGUUUUCCCUUUGAGGUAAGAGCAGUUAAGCAAGAGAUGAUGCUGUGAAAUAAAAUAAUGGAAUAUGGGGUGAGUGAGACACAUGGAGUAGUGCUAGAUAUUGAACCAAUGGAUCAAGAAAUAAAGGAAUUUUUCUCAUUCGUUCUAUGAAAAGCUGAUAUUGGCUAGUAUGGGUCAUAAAAGUCAACUUGUAACCAGUGUAAGACACCUGUAACUACUUGUUGGAUUAGUUUGAUUGGACUCUAAACAAGUCAGAAUUUCCUUCUUAAAUACUCACACAGGUAAUUGCUGUUUGUGAUACUGUGUCAAGAGGUCGAUGACCAAGUCAUUUCAGUAAUAAUUUCCAAGCACAUCA